AUGGAAAUGGGGAGCCAAAUUGCUGUCCCUGUGAAAGAGACCUUCUUCAUAUCACAUGGUUCCCCAAUGCUUUCAAUAGAUGAUUCCUUACCUGCCAGACAUUUCUUGAAAUGCUUCAAACAGAAAGUCUUCACCCAGAAACCCAAUUCAAUUUUGGUGAUCUCUGGUCAUUGGGAGACUUCAGAGCCUACUGUGAAUUGCAUCACUGGCCUCAAUGACACUAUUUACGACUUCUACGGCUUCCCAGAACAGAUGUACCAGCUGAAAUAUCAAGCACCAGGAGCUCCAAAAUUAGCCAAAAGGGUGAAGGAACUGCUCAAGUCAUCUGGUUUCAAUCGAGUGCAUGAAGACAAUAACCGAGGCCUAGAUCAUGGUGCAUGGGUGCCUCUUAUGCUCAUGUAUCCAGAGGCUGACAUCCCAGUCUGCCAGCUUUCCGUCCAGACAAAGAGGGAUGGAACUCAUCAUUUUAACAUUGGGAAAGCAUUAGCCCCUCUCAAGGAAGAGGGUGUCCUCAUAGUUGGUUCUGGAUCUGCAACUCACAACUUGAGGGCUUUGCGCAAUACGGCUGGCGUCGCUUCUUGGGCUAUGGAUUUUGACAAUUGGCUUAAGGAAUCCCUUGUUAAUGGAAGGUAUGAAGAUGUCAACAACUAUAUGACAAAAGCACCUUGUGCCAAAAUUGCACACCCAUGGCCUGACCACCUGUAUCCAAUACAUGUAGCAAUGGGUGCUGCAGGUGAAAAUGCCAAAGCUGAACUUAUUCAUCAUAGCUGGAGCAACCAUGCUCUUUCUUACGCCUCCUACAAGUUUGAGUCACAGCCUAAGUAGCCUUUGCUGACAGAAGAAUGUUUUACUUUAUUUGUCCAAAAGCAUUUAAUGGCUUCAAUGUAUAUUUCUAUUGAGGGUCUUUCGAAAACAGUCUCUUUGCCUUCAUGAGGUAGUGGUAAGGUCUACGUACA